CCCUAACCGGGAUAAGAUAUCACAGUACUUCCAACCCAUAACAUCCACCAAUCCUUUGUUUAUAAUUCCCCUCUACCUCUCUAUCUAUUUCCUUCAUCAUAAUCUCUAUACUUCUCUUCAACCCUAGCUACAAAGCUCUCUUCUUUUUCUCUCUCUCCAACAUUUUCUUCAAGAUGGAGAUGAUGAGCAAACGACGUCGUCGCAUAUAUUCUCCGGAACCAAGCAAGAUAAUGAGAGCCAACUUUGCCAGAAAAUACGUGAAUUACUUGCUGCCAGCUUUAAAGCAGAUCGGGCGGAGUACUCGCCCUCCUCCUACUGUUUCUCAUCACGAAAUCUCUGAUAAUAAAAAUGGCGAUCACCACGAGCUGGAGAAAAUGGUGAGACGUGAAGUUGACAUGGCAAUGGUGCUGUCCACAGACGAAGAAGGGUUUGCAUGGAGUCACGCUAUGAAAGCAAAGCUCCAACAGAGCGAAGAGUGUCGCAGUGGUAAUGAUGAUGUAAAUUAUCCAGUGUCGUCCAUGGGCGAUAACCAGAAGAAGAUCGAGGUUGAUGAUGAUGGUGGUGGUGGGGUGAAGAGGUGUAAGAGAACAGAUCAAAAGCUGUCAAAAGAAAAGAAAGAAGAAGAAGAAGAUGAUGAAGAUGAUGAUGAUGAUGAGGAGGAGGAGGAGGAUGAGGAGGAGGAGGAGGAAUAUGUUAGCAGAGGAUUGAUGAAUCUGAGAAGUGUUUUGCCGGGAGGAGAUGAGAUGGAUAUUGAAGAAAUGCUGAUUGAAGUUGGAAGCUAUAUUGUCUGUCUGGAAUUACAGAUGGAUAUUCUUAAAUUUCUGGUUGAAUCAAGUUAAUUCUUCUUCCUAAUUUUUAAUUUGUUUAAUUACUCAAAUUAUAGCAUGUAUAUUUUAUGUAUUUCAUAAUUCUAUCAGGAAAUCAGGAAAAGCUUGCAUAUAGA